AGCACUGUCACAGAAUUUAAGCCCUUUAUAUUUGGUAAUGGCGGUAAAAUCUGAAGAAAAUUAUGGAGCUGCUGGAUAUAAAAUUGAAACUGGGUUUCUUUUUCUGUAAAAAUCUUCUUUAAUAGUGGUGGGGACGUGGGGGUUUAAGCUGACAGUGGAAGAAGAAGAUAAUGUUGAAUAUGGUUGGUUGGAUCAAGAUUUGCUGAAAAACUUAAUUCUUCCAUUCUCUUACACCCUAUCUGUGUUGUUUUUAUUUUUAUUUGAUUUGUGGUACUGAUUUGAUUCUGGUAGUUUCAUUUUUUCAGUGAUUAAAAGUGUGUAUGGGAGAUUUGUGUAUCAAUGAAGAAAUACCCUCCAUUCCAUCUACUUUGGAACAGAUUGAUUUCGUGUCGGACGAUGUGUACCUCUGCGAAAGACUUGAAUAUGAAAGUAAUCUUAUGGUUUACUGUGAUGACGUGACAACCACAAGCUUUUUUGCUGAACAAUUUGCAUUUCUGUCAUUUGUGGAUGAUAUUUUUUUUCGUUUCUCCACAUUGACAUCAUGUAUAAAUCGUUGUUUCAUUCGUUUCAUUGAGGAUCUCGUAUGUAGAGAUGUCGAUAACUACUUGGAAGAUCCAGUGGUAUCAUACUCCAGAGAGCAUCCAAGAUCUCCUUGUGAUGGCUACUCUACAUCUCAUUCCCUGCAUUCUGAUGCUGGUGCAAACCUUUCUGUCCGUAAAAGAAGACGGACAUUUAAUAGUGGAAAAGUUCCUGUAAAUAGAUCUUCCGAAAUAGUAUUACGCAACAAUGGCUUUAGGGGUGUCCCUUAUAUUUUUCGAGGGUUCAUGCUCCCCAUAUUUGGUCUGCGGUUAGCCUUGAGAUUGGCGUUUGCCUGUUGGAAGUGCUCCUUAUUCUAUGUGAAACGUACACAAAAUCAAGUUCAAAGCCUCAUAUCUCGGGUUCAGAAGACACUGCGUGGAUCUUCUGAUGAUAUUGGGUGGUUGCAAAGAGCUGAGGAUAUGCCACCCAUGGAAGAUGGUACAGCCAGAUUCAGGGAGUUGCUCCAGGACAUUAGAAAUGGCAAGCACACACUGCCUAACUCAUUUGUCUAUUUAUUAAUCCCGGGACUGUUUAGCAAUCUUAGUCCAUUGUAUUUCGUGAGCACGAAGAAGUUUUUCUCAAAGAUGGGUCUUGCUUGCCAUAUUGCUAAGAUUCAUAGCGAGGCCUCUGUGGAACAUAAUGCAUGGGAACUGAAACAAUACAUUGAAGAGUUGUACUGGGGAUCUGGCAAACGUGUUAUGCUGCUUGGUCAUAGCAAGGGUGGGGUUGAUGCGGCAGCUGCCUUGUCGAUUUACUGGUCUGAACUGAAAGGCAAGGUUGUUGGAUUAGCACUGGUGCAGAGCCCUUAUGGCGGCACUCCUAUUGCAUCUGAUAUCCUUCGUGAAGGCCAGAUUGCAGACAAGGAAACAAGAAGGAUCAUGGAGCUCGUCGUAUGCAAGUUUAUCAAGGGCGAUAUGCGAGCCCUGGAUGAUCUCACAUAUGAAAAGCGAAGAGAAUUCAUCACGAAACACAAGCUACCUGAACAUAUACCUUUAGUUUCCUUUCACUCGGAAGCAAGUAUCGCUCCAAGUGUUCUCGCCACAAUGUCACACAUUGCCCAUGCAGAGCUUCCACGGCUCCCCCUUACUAGUUUUGGUGGAGAGGAGGAAGAAUCCACUGCCACUCAAGCAGGUCGGCAGGUCCCCGUCAUCGUUCCCAUUGCUGCUGCCAUGGCUUUAUCGGCGCUUCACUUACAACUUCGGUACGGUGAGAAAAGUGAUGGCUUAGUAACAUGCCGUGAUGCAGAGGUUCCUGGUUCAGUUGUAGUUCAUCCGGAUCUUAAGUUAGACCAUGCCUGGAUGGUUUACUCUUCAUGGAAUAGGGAUUUCAGUGAACCAGAUGCAUCUGAAAUGUGUGAAGCUUUAUUGACUAUGCUUGUGGAGAUUAUGGAAAAGGAGAAAAAACAACGCAAGAAUUAAUCAGCUCAUGCAAGAAAAAAAAUUCCAAAUGAACUGUGUGUUCGGAAUGAAACUCAUUUGAAAUGAUAUGAUAAACUGUGUGUUCGGAAUGAAACUGAUAUUUGAUUUCUUAAUCAGUUUUAUCGAGUUGAGGUCGCUGCGCACUCAACUUUAUAAUAACAGUUAUGAAGUUGCUCGAUUUCAUGUCCACUUAACAACUCACUGACUGCAACACUUGCUUGUAAAGUCUCUUAUUCUGUAUAUUGCUAAAAUACCCUUCAAGGGUGAAUUAGUCAUUUUGGGCAGUUACUAGUUUUAGCUU